AUGAUUCAGUAUCUGAAGUACCCCAUUUGCGUCUAUGUUAUAUUUUAUCUAUCUGUAAACUUCUUCCUAAGAGGAAGAGUUUAUAUCGGAUUUAUAUCAUGGAUGCAUUUAUUGUAUAUAAAUAUCACAUUAGGAACACUUAAUAUCCGUAUUGGAUCUGUUUCGGUCAGUGUUCGACCACUGUAUUUUCUGCAUAGGAAGAAGUUAAAGGCCAAGAACCACGAUGGACUAAUUAUCAUCGAUGUCCACCGGGUGGAAAUCAAUCUAACCAAGGUGCACAACAAGAGCAAAUUGAGUUCGAGAGCCAAUUCUCCUCCAAAGAUGAAGAAAGAACUGGAUCCAGAUUCCAUGGAAACAAUUGUUAUCAAGCUCUUAAAUAUAAUGAAGCGGGUAAGGGUGUUUCUUCCGUUGACAAUUGUCAUCCAUGACAUAUCAAUUAUCAAUCACGAUCAGUUUAUCAAUAUUGGAGUUUUCUCUUCUUCCAUAAAUUGCAUUCUUCAUACCAAUAAAUUCACCAAUGAAAGGUGCAUGAAAAAUGCUCUUCAUUUUUCCUUAGCAAAUGUUGUUGAUAAAAAUCGGAAAAUUAUAAAGGAUGUAAAAUGGUCGGUAUCUGCAUCUUCAUCAAUUGAAAAACCGUUCACAUCGCAGUUUGCUAGUCUCAGCUCAGUUCUAUCAUCUCAUGCUGCAGAUAUUCAUGUUGAAGAGCUUUUGGAAUUGAUUUCAAAACUUUUCCCAAUGGUGAAGAAACCUACAAAUAGUGAUACACAGAAGGACUUAGCAGCAGAGUUGGACAAACAAAAACAUACAGAUAUAACGGUGCUGAAAAUACUGAAUAAAUUCAAACAUGUUAGCUUGUAUUUGUCACUAAAUGACAAUUCCUUCUCACUUAAUGAACUAAGCCUUAAUAUAAAAACCCUGGUUUUUUCAUUAAAUACGGACAAUAAGCAAAAGAAAAACAAAAGCUGUACAAAACACGACAAUCCUUACCUGUAUAAGGCAAUUAUUAGUCUUGCUGGUGUUAAAAUAUUAUAUGACCUUAUUCCAGAUUCAAGAUUUGUGCUAGAGUUUCUCAAUUAUUAUAGUAUCAUUGACGCAACAACCUUACUUUACUGCCUGAAAAACUUGAAAAAUGUAGAUUCUAUUAAGGAGGUUGCAUCUAAUGAAGGUUUUAUUCUAAGGACAUUCCUUACUGCUCCAAACUUGACACUAAUUACGUCACUCCAGGAUAUAUUAACGAUGAAGGAGCACUUCAAAAGAAUGAAGUAUGAAAAAGCAAUAAGUAAAACAGACAAUCAGGUGGAAAUAAAGGAACCAACGUGUAAAGUAGUUACUAUAAUUGAAAAUCUGUUAAGACUAUCUCAUAGGUUUAGAACUAAGUUCCAAUUUUUGACAACUACAGUUCAAGUCGCAUUGAGUGAUGAUAUGUCUGCCCUAUUUACAAUCGACGAUCUCCUAGUUGAUUCUUCGUUAUCUGAUAGUAUGGUUACAUUAUUUGAUAUCAAUCCCGAUUAUGUUUCUACCAAGUCGAUCUAUUCAUCUCUCAAGAAUAUACAGUUUAUUAUUGUUAACUGUCACUUGCCAAGCAAAGUUUUUGUGUUAGAUUCUCUUGAUGCAUCAAUAUACAUUUCAGUUUUCGAUGAGUAUGCGGCAAUCACCAGUAUAAAGACAUCGAUAAAUCAUAUUGAAGUUUUGACCGAAAGUAUAAAUAAUUGUAAGAAACUUUCGAAAAUCGCAACUUCAUGGAGAAAUAGGGAACCGUCAAAAGAAAUCAACGAAUUAAUAGACGCUUAUAAACAGAAGGUUUAUAAUUUGCAAAAGAAUGAAAAAGAUGGGCUCUCCGAGGAAGAUUCCCCACCAUAUUUUAUUCCUAAACUAAUAGAAGUUUUUGAUCUUAGCAUCAAGAAGAUAACCCUUGUUUCAUGUUUCAAUAAUCCAGUGAAAUACUGGGAUGGCGAAGAUCAAUCUGAACUAAACAAGUUUAAGCGUGGGUUUUCUGUUGUCUUUGAAAAACUCAGCUUUAUUAGUGAUAAUACCCUGGAAGUACCCGACGCAAACUUCAGAAUGAAAGAUUUCUCCAUUUUUCUUAUCAGAGAUUUUGAUAAUGAAAAAUUAAAAAAGAAAUAUAAGCGCAUCUUUUUGUUGGAAAACAUGCACAUCAAGUAUACUCACAUUUACAGAAAAGUGCACAUUUCUUUACCUUUGACUGAUGGAUGUAUAUCUGUGGAAGUUUUGUGGACUUUCUUUUACAUUAUAACUAUUCUCAAGUCAAUAAAAGGAGUUAAAUUAAGGAAUGAUGAAAAAGGCAUCACAACAAAGCCACUGAAAAAAAUAUCCAAAAGACACCUUCAAAUACACUUUAGUGCACCAUUAAUCAUGCUCAAAGUCCAGUUUCCCUCUGACGUGAGCAUUGUGAUUGAAAUUGACUCACUUAAGUUUGUGAAAGCUUCUGCAAAUAAUGAUAAGAAUGUUUUGUUCAAGGUAUGCAGAAUUUAUUGUGAAAAUCCACAUGCUGUUAAUUUUUGGACCCUACUUAUGAUUGUUUCUGAUGCACGUAUCACCCUUAAACCUAAGGAUGAAGUUCCUGAUGACGGAUUUCCAAUUCUUAUUGAAUCCAGUGAUAUUAGGAUUGAAAUUCCUUAUCAAUAUAUAUUCUACAGAGCCUUUGACAAUUUCAAAGCGUUUCUAAAAUCAAGCAAGAAGCUAAAAAAGAAUUUCAAAGAUUUGAUGUAUGUCGAUGAAGAUUGCAAAUCGUUUAAAGUUGAUGUAAUCAGGCCAAGUUUAGCUGAGCAUCCAUUUAGAAUGCCAAAAAUUAGAAUUAAAAGUAAAAGAAUUCUAUACUGCAGCCACGAUGACCCCUUUGAGGAGGAACUGACAAACGUGUACAUGAUAGGAUCCGUUGUUUAUCCUGCUAGUGCUGCCAAGUUAAAGGCUUUCUCUAAAUAUGAAACUAAGAUUAAAAAGAAACUUAGAACAAAGUAUGAGAAGGUGCUAGAAUUUGAUGACGACGAUGAAGCAAUAAUCCCUUCUGCGUUGAAGCAUACUACUUCUUCUACCUAUAUGAGGAAAUCAGUCUCCACUGGAACUUUGAGAGCAACUGACAACAACGAGGCAUCGAAAAGGCGAAUCAACUCGAGUGGCUCCUUCAACUCGAAGUUAAGAAACCAAGUGAUGCCAGACGACGCGCAAGCUUGGCACGAUUAUCGAAAGGAGUACCAUACAGCAGUCGAACUUCCACGACAUAGGAUGUAUAGAAACCUAAGUAAAACAUGGGUUUCUGCUGUUAAGAAUUUUAGAGACACUAAAAAGUCAGGUAGAAAUGCUAGUAGUACCACCGGGGAAGAUCCAUAUGUCAGAAAGGAAUUUUUGAGGAAGUACCCUGUUAUCACCGAGGGGAGCUUUCAACCUUUAUUUAGUCUUACAGUUACUAAUCCCACUUUGGAUUUAGACGUUCCCGAAUUUGGCCUAGACAACUAUGCCGAAUUUAUGUACCGGGUUGCAGGUGGUAUGCCGAAGGAUAUGAAAUAUGGCAUCUUUGUGCCCAUGAACUUGAAAUUAUCAUGUAAAGAGUUUGUGGUACAAAUUAAAGAUUAUCCAUUACCUCUAGUUGGACUAGGUGGUGCCCAAUAUGAUAUGAAUGAUGCCAUAAUUUUUAAAGGCGAUUUAGUGAUCUGUGAACAAGCUUACACAGAGCAAGAGAUAAGGUAUAACUUUGUUCCAUGUGUUCCUCAAUAUAAUGAUAUCCAAAUGAGGGAUAAUUUGUAUGCCUUUCAUAUCUCACGUACAAUGACUAAUAUAAAGUUUGUUACCGACAUGAAUAUACAUGUGAACUCUCUGAGGUCUGCUGCCGUUUCCUGGGCACCAUCACUUCAGCCAGGCAUGAGCUACGCUUUUGACAGUUUUGAUUUAUUGUCAAAGCCACCUUUAGAUAUAUCUCCUAAAAUUGGAUUUUGGGAUAAAAUGCCAUUGUUGGUUCCAUCAAAGUUUACUUUUCAUUUCAAAAAUGGGAUUACACUCUUUAUCAAAUCCUCACAAUCUCCAUAUGAUUUACUAGGAAAAAGUGCAGGUUUCGCCUUCAAGUGGAAUGAUGAUGCCAAAUUACUCAUUAACAGUACCGGCAAAUCUGAAGAUUUUUUGAUUGUUCAAAGUAAUAAAUUUGAGAUAGGAGUUCCAGUUUUUGAUUCAAAUUAUAUUGGAAAUUGUGUGGGUGCAGGUAAUGCAGCAAUAGACUACAAGUUUGCUAAAAUCGUGUUGAAACUUACAAGUAAACCCAUCAUAUGGAAAUUAGGGUUUAUAUUUGAGAGAAACAAACAUGGUGAAAUGAAUGCAACACCUGGAUCAGUGGAACGAACAAAACGGUUUAUCCCUCACUAUAAAGUUACUUUACGAAACCCAGACACUUUUUCAAGCAAUGAGGAUAAAGAAAAAUGGGAUUCAUACCACGGGUGGAGAAGUCAGUAUAUAUACUUGUCUUUAUCUGCUUAUUCAAGAGACGACAAUAAGUGCAAAGAAAUUCCUUUUGCUCCAUUGGGAACAACGUAUAACUCCUUAUACCUAUCAUAUUUGACAUUUUAUUAUUUUUACUUUUGGUGGGACUCAUUCAAGUCUAGCCUAGGUUUACCAAUCAAAGCUGGUGCAAUGUUUAAGAAUGACUUUUUGAGUGAUAAAAAGUCACCCAAAUUUGGGUCAACUGUGCAUGGUAUUAGCUAUGUGAUUGACCUAUCUCCACUCUAUCUUACUCACGUCUAUCAACAUUCAUCCACAAAUAACAACAGUGGAAAGCUAGCGUUCACCGGCUUAAAAGGAUUUGUGGAGUCCUUUACCAUGGAUUUACACCAAAGUAGACAAGAAGUUAUUGUGGAAAAUCGUGAAAACCAUUCUGUCACAAAAGAGUAUAAAUUGAGAAUGAAGAGCGGUAUAGUAGACCUAAUUAAUGCUGAUAUAAGAAUAAUUACUGCAGUGUUUAAUCAAGUAUCGGCGUCGGGCAUCUUAGCUAAAAAAAUGGGAAUAGAUAGUGUAAUGUCAGACACGGAUACUUCCUCUACCAAUAGUGACAGCACAGACCGUGCUUGGUAUGAUCAUGACGAUUUCGUUGAACUGGAAGGUCAACAGAUCCCCAAUGAGGAGCCAAAAUGGAAAGUAUAUCAGUUUGUUUCUACUCCCCGGUUUUAUUACGUAAGAGACUUACCAAGCUUGGAAGUUGAUUUUCCUUUUGAUGUUGUUGAAUCAGAAACGCAUAAUUGUCAAAUUGAGGAACGUGAUUUGAUUCAUGCUGCUCCUGCACUUGUCGAUACCCGUAUCAGAGAGGUUGAAGACUUGAUAAACUUUAACAAUUACGAAAUCAGUGAUUUGGAAGGAAAAAAUGCUAACAAAUAUGUACAGAAGACACUAGCCAAUGCUAAAAGAGACCAGCAGGAGCUUCACCACAGGCUACAUAUUUUGAGAUGCUUACGGGAUAGCUUCAGUGAAGGAAUAUUUCCGCAAUACGAUGAAUUUGUUAAUGACCAGGAAGAGUCGGAUGAUGAGAUUAGGUACGAACUUUUGAAGGCAGUCUCGAGGGUUUCGUCUCAUGUUUCAACCAUCAAAUCCAAAAUUCCAUCAACAGACGCAAGAACCUCUGAUUACAUUAAUCGAUUUAGCAUUUACACACCCAGUAUAAGAUGGACCAGGAGCGUCAAGUCCGGAUUUUUUAGAUAUCUUGAAAUGGCUAAAAAUGGGAGAAUGAUUGCCUUUUCGUUAAGUCAUGAUGCUGUUAGACUAGCGGAAGAGCUGCGUAAAGCAAUAAGACGAGAAGUGGGUGAUGAUCCAGAUUUCUCCUUUACCCAAUGUCACCCAGAGGUUGAACUGGAGAGAUCUGAUAUACUUUUAGACGAUUUUGAUAAGGUGCUACAUGAUACUUCUGGUUUAGCAGAAGCAGAAAUCGAGGAUUCAUUUCUCGUUAAAUUAAUAUUGCCCCAAGUUGCGAUCACAUCAGACGGCAACAAGUGCCUACUGAUCACGAAUAACAAAGUGGUAUUGAACAGCAUUACGGUAAAGGGAUACCAGUUUAAUGAGUUAUCUAGCGAGCUUACUCUCCCACUGGAAACUAGACACGGAUUACUAGUGACAGAUUUAUUUGCUUAUGUGUUAGAAAGAGAAACUGCAUUGACUAACAAAUAUCGUCUCUUCACACCCAAAGCAGUUUCAUGGCCUCCCAAACUUCCCAUUGAAAUGUAUUACACUCCCGUUUCUCUAGACGAGAGUGUUGUUGUUCAAAAUAUGUCCUUUGCCCUAAUUUAUGUUAAACCAAAUGAGCUUCACUUAUCUAAGGAUGGAAAAUCAAAUAACGCAGGUUGUAAAGAGUUAUUACGCGUUGCCACUCCUAGUGUUGACGUUGUUGUGAACAGCGAACAACUAAACUUUAUUAGAAUCGUUGCCACCAAUAUGUUUGCAAAUGACAAAACUGAAAUCCAAAAAACAAAAGAUGCUGUUAAAAAGUUUGUCAGAUAUUCAGACUUUUCAAAUUAUGACCAGCUAUGCACUACCUUGAGAGAGUUGCAGCUAGAAUUGCAUGAGCUGUUCCAAUGCAGGCUUUUACUUGUUGAAGCCAAUAGAGGAACUUCUGAACACAAAGAUACAAUAAUGGACAUACACGUUGAGAUAGAAAGGAACAUAAUAAAUUUGAAUGCAAUAGUGGAUAUCCUUCAAACAACAAAAACUCAGAAGUAUAACGAGCUGCACAAGUAUCUCCAAUUUUCUAUAUGUGCUCCUAUAGUCAAAGUUUUACUUAUGACCGACACCCAGGAACCGUUUAUUGAACUAAAUGCGAGUGAUACCUGCUAUAUGUUCACACAAUCUCCAACAGGGGAAUCUGUCAACACAUUUUAUAUCAAUGAGUUCACCCUAUCAAAUAGGCACAAAGAAGCUACAUUUGACACGAUUACCCGUAGAUUGAAAAAUAGCGAUGUACCUAUGUUCAGGCUUGACUGGACAUUAUUACCACCAGUUGGUGGUAUAGCAAUGGUGUAUGAGAAAAUCUUUUCAUUUGGUCCUCUGAAAAUUCAGUUUAACAUGAAAUUUGCAGGUUUGCUGCAAGAGUUCUUCUUUCCAAAUAGUGAAAUCUUAAAAAACGAUUAUGACAUUGAUAACGACUAUGAUGAAUUUCUUAAUGAUGUUGAAUCAAUUUCUUCUGAUUCUUCAGCUGCUGCAUCUACAGCUUCUAGUAACACCAAACUUAAUAAAGAAGGUAAAAUAUCUCGGGUUCUCCAUAAAAUCUGGCAUAAGUCAUCCGUCAAGGAAAGUUCAGCCCAAUUAAGCAGAACGUCAUCACUAGGAUCAACCAACUCAUAUUCCACAUCAAUUGCUCGUUCUUCCUCUGUUGCAGAAAAUGUGAGUAUAAUGGAUGAACGAGCCUCAAAGUAUUCAAUGGUGAGGAAUAUUACGAUCAACCCUAUAGAAAUGGAGGUGACAUUCCAUGGUAAAGGGGUAAUGAAGUUAAUCAAGUUGACUGAUUUCCCUGUUAAGAUGCCAACUCAAGAGAUAAAUAAUAGGAUAAUUUCCAAUGAGGAGUUUUUCGCUUUGGUUAAACAUUCAAUGAUUUCUUAUGUUUUAAAGAAUACUCAUAAUCUUAUCAAAAGUUCUAUAAAGAAAUCUACCCAUACAAGUGGUAAUCCGAGGUCACCUUCCUCGACUUUAAGACGGUCGGAGGAGAAAAAAAGAAAUGGAUCUAAAUCAGUUCACAACACUUCACAUUUACACAAAGUAGAUGGCAACAAGCAUAUGUUCAAAGAUGCUGAUUUAUUAGGACCUACUGUCAAUAGUGGAAGCUUCUAUGUUAAAAACCCUUCCCCGUUCAGCGAGAUCAUGAACAGCAAACAGGAGUUUCCGAAAUCUGGCGAUGCUAUAGAUGAAGCCAAGGUUUUCCGCCAGCUAGAAGAUGUUACUGAAGAAGAUGAAGGAACUGUAUAA